AUGCCCGAGGCUUAUGGAUAUAUCACUUGGCAGUCUCCAAAUCAAGCUGAGGGCCAUUUCAAUAUCGGUGGUCCAGAUUAUAUAUGCUCUCUGAGAACCAACUCUCAGCUUCCAUAUUUUAUGUUAAAUUCAGCCAAACUGAAUUACGAUAGCACUGACCAACUUGCGGGCACGCGAUCUCUCGACGGCCACGUUGGUGUAUAUGAUUUUGCAACCACUUUUGAUAACUCCUCUAAGAUCGAAGGCAACCUAGACAACCUGGUCAACCAAAACUCACGCUUCUACGGUACUGCUACAUGGUCACAACGCAUGUAG